UCAGAUGAGCUGAGGUCCCCGUAGGUUCGCACAGUUUUCGAAAUCAAUACAUAUAACCAACAGUAUACACACACAUCAAGUUAAAACACACACACACUCACACAUAUUAAGUGUACAUACACAUAAGAAAAUAAAAUUCCAUAACAGAAGAAAAAAAUCAAGUCAAAAAAAAUAUAUUUUCCAUACAAAAAGAAAAUCAAAAAAUCAAAACCGAAAAUGUGAAAAUAAUUGUUGCUAAUUCAAAGUAAGCAAAAGUCCCAAAACAGUGAUGGUGGCAAAUAAGUGAACAAACACACACAAGAUUCUUCCAGCUUCCAGCUGCAAGUUUUCCCCUUUUUCUGAUGUGCUGUGAGAUUAAGUGAGUUUUUGAAUUUUCUCAAAGUGCGUUUCGGCUAAAGAAAGUCCCUUUCUUUUUCACUCAUCACGACCGACCAGCCUAUCAGCCAGCCGCAGUCAGCCAACGGGCCAGGCGAGCGUUAGCCACAUUCUAUAGUUUGAAAAGUUGAAAGUUCAAAUUCCCAGAAAAGUGUUUUGUAGCAGCAAAAGAAAACGGAAAAGGAUUUCGCUCAUUCCGAAAAAAUGUUGGUGUACAUGCAAUAUUCAUAUGUAUCCAAUGGCUAAAUCGGUCACAAGAGUUCCACGGCAAAUUGUUUCGACAGCCUCGUCACCGUCGUCGUUUUCGUUGUCGUUCUCGGUGUCAUGUCGUCGACGUUAACUUUGUCGUCGUCGUAGUUUUCGUCGGUGGUAUAGUCGUCGAGUCAACAGCAGCACAGCAUAGAAUUGUCGCGUUUAUUCGUUUUUUGGGUCAUAAAGUGACACGAUAUCGUGGUGGUGCCAUGAGCAGCAAAGUGGGGUCAAUGCGGUAGUUGGACGCGGCGCGCAACAAUCCGCAUAGCUCAUAAAUUUCUGCUCCCUGAAUAAUUAAAAACUGUCUCUGUGUAUCUGGAAACAUUACCUAGAGUCGAGUUGGCCAUAAGUUGUUGAGAAUUUGUUUCCUCUCCUAUUCAGUGUUCUGUGUUAAACAUAGUUAAGUUCUCAACCUCGUAUAUAGCAGCUUUUACUGUAUUCGAAUCGUACGCCAGCCCUGCCUACCACGCCGGCCGUACGGUACUAGCCCGGAAGUGCUAGUUUCGUUUUCUCACAUUUUAUUUUACCUCAAUUCUACCCUCGAUGUGAAACCCACGCAAAGAUAUACUAGACCAAGAAUAAUUUUCACUUGCUAUAGUCCUGCCUGCCUGCCAGCUUAAUAGCCUGCUAGCCUGCCAGUUUGCUUUGUGCCAGUGUAUGUAAAGCUCAAUCACCCCGGAAAAUGAAUUAAUAUUUAAAAAAGGAUUUCAUCUUGCUUCCUAUUUUUAUUUCUCUUUCCUUGUGACUUCCUUACCCCCACCAGCUCCCGCUGCUUCCACAGCGGUAGCCAUUCGCCAACAACGCCGCGUCUCGCUCCUUCCUAGUGCUCGUUUCUCGGGCUCAGAUGUACAUUUUUAUUCAGGACAUUCAUAGCCUCUACCUGUAUCGCGUUAAUAAAACUAAAACGAAAACGUUAACUAAAACGAAAACGAAAACCAACAACUCCCAAACCACCCAAGACCAACAAGACCCAUAGAGCAGAGGAGGAUAAUAAAAAUGCAUCAACACCGUGGUGACGGUGGACUACGAGAACGAUGUUUUAGUGGUGGUAGUUCGGAAAGGAUAACUGAGGAUGCAGGGUGGCCCAGCAACAGUGGGUGUGGAAAUAGCAACAGUGGCUUCUCCACUAUCUCGUCAUUCCUUAGUAGCACUACCGUUAGUUACAGUACCGCCACCAUCCUUUUAGCAACAACCAAAUAAUACAACAACACAAAAUAAAGGAUAUUAUUCAUCAUGCGCGAAAUGUGUUUGCCUGUCGUGUAAAUAAGAUUUGCCACACAAAAAUAAAAGUUAAAUUAAAUAAAACUUAGGUAUCCUUCUUUGUAUAACUACGGCUGCUUUCUGUAAUUUUCGCCUUUUCGUAUUCGUAUUAAUCUUGGCGUGAGAAAUAAGUGUAAAUUAAUUUUAAAUGUUUUUUUCCCCUGCAUACAUAAGUGUUAUAAAUUGAUGUGCGUAAAUAAAAUUAAAAUUGUAUAUGUAUUGUAAUAGAAAAGAAAAAUCAAUUUUCUAUUAUUAAAAAAAAGUACCUAGUGGUUAAAAUUAGUUAAACUAACAUAAAUAGUGAUUAAGUGUUAAUUAUGUAUUAAUCAACAUAAAAAUUAAAAAUCUUCAAAGUUUGUUCGCUGCUUAUACGAUCUUCCGCUUGUUAGAAAUUACAAAAUAAUAUUAAACAAAAAAAUACGUGAUUUUCAUCAGCUUGUUAAAAAUUAAAAAAAUAAUAAUCAAAAUAUAUAAAACAUAAAAUUAAUUGUAGUUAAAAAAUAUUAAAAAUAGUUAUCAAUAAUAGUGAAAAAAAAUAUUAGUUAAUAUUGUUCCAUCAUUGAAAAAAUCGUUGUGUUUUUAUAAAUGUAUAGAGAAGAUUUAUAUAAAAUUAAUAAUAAUUUAAUUGAAAAAAUUGAAAAAUGAAAAAUAGAUAAGUGAAUUUAGUGAAUAUAUAGUGAAAAGUUAAAAUUUAAAUAUUUAAUAUAAAAUUUAAUUAGAUUUUAAGACAUCGAACGGAUUAUUAUUAAAGUGGAUAUACCUAAUUGGUUGCCAGAUUAUAUAAUUAAUAAAAAUCAAAUAAAUUCCGAUUAAGUAAAUAAAAAUGCAAACUUGCACAUAAAUUUAAUUCUUCUAUAAAAUAACUAAAUAAAAACCAAAGAAAAAAAAUAUAAAAAUAAAACUAAUUUAAACAAUAACAGCAACAACCCAAAAAAAAAAAAACAACAACAAAAACAAAAACCAAAAAUAAAUAAACUCAAAAGGACCAACAAAAUGUAACCGAAAUGCUGAGUAAGAAAAAAUCAAACAAACGAAUCGCAUUUGAAUUGCUGAGUAGAAUCUAAGAAGAGUGAGGUUAAAUAACAACAACAACAACAAAAAGGAAAUACAGGAAGACAUUCAUUCAAGAUGACUGAUGAUCAUACGCCCAGCGAUGACAAAGUUGCCAAACAGCAAGUUGUUGCCUACACUCAAAAGUCUCAGAUUAAACAUGAAAAUCGCCAUAUACAGUUGGUUCGCGAAUAUGGAUUCCAUCCAAGGACGAAGGCCACUGUUGAAGAUGGCGAUGUCCUGCCGAGAAAAUUCGAACCGUUUCCAGAGAAUAUGUACGGCAAACCUCUGGAGGAAAUCGAUAAUUUUAUCUAUGAAGAGACCUUUUGUGUGGUAUCAAAGCGAUUUCGGAAAAACUACAUUCAUCGGUUCACCGGAACUAAGAGCCUUUUCCUGUUUCAUCCUUGGAGUCCUGCUCGUCGGAUAUGUGUGUAUAUAGCUACGAAUCAAUAUUUUGAUUACUGUGUGAUGGCUACAAUACUUUUCAACUGUAUUUUUUUAGCCAGAACAGAAACAUCCGAAGAAGCGGAAUACAUCUUCCUCGCUAUUUACUCCCUUGAGAUGUUUAUCAAAAUCAUUGCUAAAGGCUUCCUACUUAAUAAAUACACAUACCUAAGGAAUCCAUGGAAUUGGCUGGAUUUUAUUGUAAUAACUAGCGGCUAUGCCACCAUCGGAAUGGAAGUUGGCAAUUUAGCCGGUUUAAGAACAUUUCGUGUACUGAGAGCAUUAAAGACUGUUUCCAUUAUGCCGGGCCUUAAAACUAUUAUAAAUGCGUUGUUGCAUUCAUUUCGACAAUUGGCCGAAGUAAUGACACUAACGAUAUUUUGUUUAAUGGUUUUUGCACUAUUUGCCCUACAGGUAUAUAUGGGCGAACUUAGGAAUAAAUGCGUAAAAAAUCUUCCAGACGACUGGGUCAAUUUAACAAGUGCAGAAUGGAAAAGUUGGGUGAAUGAUACAGAGAAUUGGCUCUACGAUCUCGAAGAAUUGCCAAUGCUUUGUGGAAAUCUCACUGGAGCCAGGCACUGCCCAACAGGAUACACGUGCCUUUGUGUGGGUGAAAAUCCCAACCAUGGAUACACAAAUUUUGAUAAUUUUAUGUGGUCCAUGUUAACAACUUUUCAAUUGAUCACCCUUGAUUAUUGGGAGAACGUAUAUAACAUGGUACUUGCUACAUCAGGACCCAUGAGUGUAUCGUUUUUUACAGUGGUUGUAUUUUUUGGCUCAUUUUAUUUAAUUAAUUUGAUGUUAGCCGUAGUAGCGUUAAGUUACGAGGAAGAAGCCGAAAUAACAAACGAAGAACGAAAAAAAGACUUAUUGGAUCAUCGUGAAGAUUCAACUUUUAGCUUCGACCCGUCCAUAUUAGAUGUAAAAAAAUUAAAUAAAAAUUACAAAAAGAAAAUUGACUCACGCAAGGGUGUACUGUUGGCACAAUACAGUAAGAAAAAGACACGUCGGAAAAAGAAGGGCAAAGAUGGUGCCCCAAAUGAAAAUGGAAAUGGCCAAAGUCAAAGUCGUUCGGUGACUCCAAGUCCGAGCCCGAGUCCUCGACAUAGCACCGACCGGCCGCAGGCGUUAAAUAUUCCAAAUCAACGCCCCCGGGGUAUCUCAUUUCAAGAUGAGCAGAACAAGAAUCCAAACAUGCUAUACCCCUCAGACUACAAAGGUCAAUUACUACCUGGCAGUCGACAGGCCAGUUCAAAUGCCAGCGAAGGUGGCGGAGUGAAUCGAGAAUCCUCAUUGGAUGAUUCUGGUGUGGUGGACGAUCAUGAGGAACAGGACACAGGUAAUGAAAUGGUGAACACAUCAGCGGUGGAGUUACAAUCCGAUUUAACUCCGGUUACACUUGCCUUAUCACCGCGCGAGGUUCGUUUAAUUAAGUGCAAUGGAAAUAUUGCACGCAUUAAGAAGCAUAACAUUUAUGCUUUGCAUCAAGAAUUUUCCUCGGAAAUAGUUGUUAUAGAUGAUCUUCCUGAUCGAAAUUGUGAUAGAUGUGUUCAAUGUUGCGUUGACUACGAGGGUUGGCUGCAAUUUCAAAAUUGUUUAUAUAAAAUUGUUAGAGAUCCAUUAUUUGAAUUAGCAAUAACUUUGUGUAUAGUACUGAAUACCAUGUUUCUUGCCAUGGAACACCACGGGAUGAGUGAGAGCUUUCGACAAGCAUUAGAUAUAGGAAAUAAGGUUUUUACUUCAAUAUUUACGUUCGAGUGUAUUGUUAAGCUGUUGGCAUUAUCGAAAGAGUUUUUUCUUUGUGGUUGGAAUAUUUUUGAUUUAAUUAUUGUAACAGCCAGUCUACUGGAUAUUAUUUUCGAACUAGUAGAUGGUUUGAGUGUGCUCCGGGGACUGAGAUUGCUGCGAGUAUUAAAACUGGCGCAAUCAUGGACAACGAUGAAAGUUCUUCUGAGUAUCAUUAUAUCAACCAUCGGUGCACUGGGAAAUCUUACACUUAUUUUAGUUAUAGUCAUUUAUAUAUUUGCUGUGAUUGGAAUGCAAUUAUUUUCGAAGGAUUACACGCCAGAAAAAUUCGAUCCAGAUCCUGUGCCAAGGUGGAAUUUCAACGAUUUCUUUCAUUCAUUUAUGAUGAUUUUUCGAAUUUUAUGUGGUGAAUGGAUUGAACCUUUAUGGGAUUGCAUGAGAGCCGAAGAAGAGCAAGGUGCAUCAACGUGCUUCGCAAUUUUUCUUCCAACUCUGGUGAUGGGCAAUUUCAUGGUGCUUAACUUGUUCUUGGCCUUGUUGCUCAACAGUUUCAAUUCGGAAGAAUUAAAAUCCAAGAAAGAGGAAGUCGGAGAAGAAUCGAAGCUUGCUCGGAGUAUAGAACGAGUAAGGGAUUUGAUAAGAAGAAAACGCCAGGCAAGAAAGGAGAAGAAGGAACUCAAAUAUGCCACUAAAUUUGAGCAAGUUGUGAGGGAAGCUCAAGUGGCAUCUGUUAAACAAACAGAAUCAGAAACAAAAUUACAUAGGUUAAGUUAUCAAGAAUCAAUGAAUCGCCCCGUUUCGGGAUCCGAUUUCGGGUUUCAAAUUCCUCUGCGAGAGGGACUACAUACUAUUAUCGAUGGCGGUGAAUACGAAGAAGAAUAUAAAGAGGGUGACGAAAAUAUCUGCCUAAAUGAUGACAAUAAUCAAAAAAACGAUUACACCCUAUAUCCUCAUGUAGAAAGAAAGUUACUACAUCAAGUGUCUUCCGGUUUUGGUACCCAACAGAAUGACAGCCGUGAUGAACCAACGUUCACCGAAUCCAUAGAGCUGCGUCUGAUGGGCCAGUACAAUUCAACAGAUACCGACCCAGGUGAUCAGCAAAGUGUUAUAUUUCAGCGAGCCGAUUCGUUGCGCCAACACGACGAGAUGUACGUUCAAUAUCAGAAAUCAUUGCUCACUAGAUCGCCAAGUUAUCGCAAAUCACUGGAUCGUCUAUCGCAAUCUAGUGAGACUUCACAAAGAUCACUCAUACCAUCGAGGAGUAAGUCUGAAGAUGAAAAUAUUCAGAAUUGCGAUCGUAUGACCAUCAAACGAGUGUCCAGUGGUCAUUCGUUGAACACAAUCUCAAUGGAACAGGAUGACUAUAUGCAUCAGGGAAACCUGCGAGAUGAGCUACUCAAUUGUGACCAAAAGGAAUUGUUUCAAUUCCUGCAGGACGAUGUCGACAAUAGUAAUAAUUACUUCAGUGAGACUGUUGGCUAUGGCAGCGCAGUGAUCGAGGCUGAGACCGAUAGUCUGAUCUUGGAGGCCAAAAAAGAUGCGAGCAUAUUUUCACCGCCGCGAAAGACUUCAUCGAGUAGUCUUAAGUCGAAUCUUAGUUAUAUUUCGAAUUCUAUUUUGCACCAAAUCGAACAAAGACGCAAUGGAAGCAUCUGUGAGUCGAUCGACAAGGUUUUUGGUCGAUCUGAAUCUCAGGGAAUAUUCAAUGGUAGUGCCAAUGGUGAUGAUUCACAUGACCAGUUGCCUCUGGUAGGUAAUUCGGAAUUUGACAACAUCAUUCAAAGUUUCGAGAAAGAAUUGGAGGAAAUCAAAAAGUCAACAACGUCAUUGGAACGAAGACUAUCUAAUCUUUCCGAACCAUCACCGGCAGCUGACGAAUGCAACAAGGACAUUCUCGAUCACAUCGCUGCCAUAGAAGCUGAUCACGCUAACUACGAAGUAGCUUUUGUCCAGCGCCGACAUCAUCCCAAUUCGAAUGUUGAUCGUAACUCGGUGAAAAUCAAGCGUCGCAGUCUUGAGAAACAACGAAAAAUCGACGAGGACUUUAGCAUCUCGAAUGAGAUCCGUAAGAUCUGCGAUCAGAUGCACGCACCCUUCGCCGAAGUUGGCAGCACAUCACCGUUUCUUCGACGGAAAAAUGAUCUUUUCAGUGAUCGUUUCAAACGUUUAAGUCUGAUCGAACGCGUCGACGAAUUGCCUGAGGAUGAAAAGUUUGCGAUUCGUAUCGAGAGUGAAAAACUUCCACGCAAAUGUUUGCCGGCGGAUGUCAAAAUCGACAGUCUAUCUCUCAAGAGCACCAACAGCUAUGAAAAUCUCCUCAUACAAAAGCAACGAAACCAACUACAAUCAGAAAUCAUCGUACAACAAAAUCAAUCCCAAAGAGUCGUGCCACCAACUCCACCACAGUCAUUGAAAUCGAUUACACCACAGAAAAAACAAAAAACGACCCUCCCAAAGGCUGGUGACUUCAGAAUGGAAGGCUUCAAAGUGCAUCCACAACCUUUCGACAAAGCCACCUCAGUAAGCUUAAGCAACCAAUGCGAUUAUACGUCUGGCGCAAAUGAAGAAGACAAAACCACCAUGACGGGACAGAAGUCCACCUUUACGAGACUAACAGAAAAACCAUGGCAUUGUUUGGUCUCCUACGUGGACGAUCUUACCGUUGGUGGGAGACGUAACUCGCAGGGAGCAUACAAUGAUCCCAUGUCUUUUCCCAGUUUUGGCACAGUUAAGCCGCCAAAGGUGCCACAGGACUGUUUCCCACAGAAGUGCUACGACCACUUCUUUUUUCGAUGUCCGUGCUUUAUGUCCUGCAUGGAUACGAAAUGGGCAAAAAAUUGGACCCAAGUGAGGACGGCAGUCUUGACGGUUGUAGAUACCCCAGCCUUUGAGUGGUUUGUUCUGGUGCUCAUAUUUGCAUCCAGUAUAACAUUAUGCUUCGAGGACAUCUAUCUGGACAACAAUAAGACAUUAAAAAGAAUACUGUACUGGACGAACUUUUCGUUCUGUAUAAUAUUCGUCAUUGAAAUGGUGUUGAAGUGGUUGGCGCUUGGUUUUUCCAAGUAUUUCACGAGUUUUUGGACGAUAUUAGAUUUCAUUAUUGUUUUUGUUUCUGUGUUUUCUUUGCUAAUUGAAGAAAAUGAAAAUCUAAAAGUAUUAAGAUCACUUCGAACACUUCGUGCAUUGAGGCCGCUAAGAGCUAUUUCAAGGUGGCAGGGAAUGCGAAUUGUAGUAAAUGCUCUCAUGUAUGCCAUUCCAUCAAUUUUCAAUGUCCUCUUAGUUUGUUUAGUUUUUUGGCUCAUAUUCUCCAUCAUGGGUGUACAGUUUUUUGGUGGUAAAUUUUUCAAAUGUCUCGACGAUGAUGGUGAAUUAUUGCCAAUAACGGAUGUCAAUGAUAAAUGGGAUUGUAUUGAGCAGAACUACUCGUGGAUCAAUUCGAAAAUAACCUUUGAUCAUGUCGGAAUGGGUUAUCUAGCUUUGUUGCAAGUGGCGACUUUUGAAGGUUGGAUGGAAGUUAUGGCCGAUGCAGUGGACGCCAGAGGUAUCGAUCUACAACCGCAGCGAGAAGCCAACCUAUAUGCAUACAUUUACUUCGUGAUCUUCAUUGUGUGUGGAUCAUUCUUCACAUUGAAUCUGUUUAUCGGAGUCAUCAUCGAUAACUUUAAUAUGCUGAAAAAGAAGUAUGAAGGUGGAGUGUUAGAAAUGUUCUUAACUGAGUCCCAGAAGCACUAUUACACCGCCAUGAAGAAACUAGGACGCAAAAAGCCUCAGAAAGUAAUCAAGCGACCGUUUAACCAUUUUUUAGCUAUGUUUUACGACUUAUCUAACUCAAGAAGGUUUGAGAUCGCAAUUUUCGUGUUGAUCUUCCUGAACAUGCUAACGAUGGGCAUUGAGCACUACAAUCAACCUCAUGCCGUGUUUUUCAUCCUAGAAGUUAGCAAUGCCUUUUUCACUACCGUCUUCGGAUUGGAGGCCAUAGUGAAGAUCAUCGGACUGCGUUAUCACUACUUCACAGUGCCGUGGAACGUGUUCGAUUUCCUCCUCGUUUUAGCCUCCAUAUUCGGAAUAUUGAUGGAAGAUAUCAUGAUCGAUCUGCCAAUUAGUCCCACUCUGCUCAGAGUGGUGCGAGUAUUUCGUAUUGGUCGUAUACUGCGUCUUAUCAAAGCUGCUAAGGGUAUUCGUAAGUUGCUAUUUGCAUUAGUUGUAUCGCUGCCGGCGCUCUUCAAUAUCGGAGCCCUAUUGGGCUUGAUCACCUUCAUAUAUGCCAUUCUUGGAAUGUCAUUAUUUGGACAUGUCAAACUUCAGGGGGCCCUCGAUGAUAUGGUGAAUUUCCAGACUUUCGGUCGGAGCAUGCAGUUGUUAUUUCGCCUGAUGACUUCAGCCGGAUGGAAUGAUGUAUUGGAAUCACUUAUGAUCCAACCACCAGACUGUGAUCCAAAUUUCAAUCGCCAGACCAAUGGAGACUGUGGCCAUCCCCUCUUGGCUAUAACUUACUUUACUAGCUUUAUUAUAAUCAGUUAUAUGAUUGUAAUUAAUAUGUACAUAGCUAUUAUCCUGGAGAACUUCAAUCAGGCCCAUCAAGAGGAAGAAAUUGGAAUAGUUGAGGAUGAUUUGGAGAUGUUCUAUAUUCGGUGGUCAAAAUACGAUCCACAUGCCACACAAUUCAUCCAUUUCUCCCAGCUCUCUGAUUUCAUCGCCUCCUUAGAUCCUCCUCUAGGAAUCUCCAAGCCAAACACUGUAGCAUUAGUAUCAUUCAAUUUGCCAAUCUCAAAAGGUAACAAGAUUCACUGUUUGGAUAUACUACAUGCUUUAGUGAAGCACGUACUGGGCCAUGUUGAGGAGACCGAUAACUUCAAGCAGCUUCAGGAGCAAAUGGAUGUUAAAUUUAAAAAACAAUUCCCCACUCGUAAGGAAUUGGAAAUUGUGUCGUCAACAAGGAUCUGGAAGAGACAAGAGAAAGCCGCCAAAUUAAUUCAGACAACAUGGAAGGAAUAUCAAAGAAUUAAGAAAGAAAAAGAACGUUCAGUCAAUUCAGGAGAUGAUGAUGGCACGCAAUCUUCGAGUCCUGGAGGAUGGCAUGCAAAAUUGUCUGCACUGAACUUUUUUCAUUUGCAGGUCAGUCGCCGUGGUACACAGUGCUCAAGUCGUGCAUCAUCAAGAAAAUCAUCUCGUGCCUCGGAUGCUUCUGAUCUCAGUGAACUUGCUGGUCCAUGGUUAAAUUUGCCUCUAAUGUUAGUCUCUGGUGCUGAUGAUGUUAUGAAAGAUAUUAAACAACAAAACGAAGACAUUGGAAAGCGUGGUAGCAUAUUUGUGGAAGCCCCGCGUGCCAAUCGUCGCCGAAGUUUCUAUAAUUUCUUUUUACGCCAUCAAGAUGCCGUCGAUGAUAGUUUAACUUCACCAUCUGUACAUAGAAAAAGCAUAACACCGACAACGACCGACGAUAAAACGAUCAUAGCGCCAACGCCAUCACGGAAACGUGCAACGAGCUUUAUACGCAAAAAACCACCGUUAGAAAGAGGUUUGUCAGCACAAAGCGCUUUAAGAGUUAACAAAAAUGCUUUUGUCUGUAUGUGUGUCCAAACAUUUAAAUUUUAUAUCCUUGAUUUUACGAAUAUCCUUUUUUCUGUUUCUUUUAUUGUUCUUCUUCUAUCUUCUGCGUGUUUUUUGUGUGUGUUCUUAAAAAUUUGGACAAAAAUUAAAGCCGAUGGACCGUCGGAAGUGAGUAUUUUGGUGACAAAACCAUCACCGGAAGCACCAACGGGGCCAUCAUUAAGACCGGAUAACUCAACAUUGGUACAUGUGCUAGUUCAUAGAGAGAGUGAGGAGUAUAAAACAGAGACAGACGAUGAAGAAUUUACACCAAUAGAUAAAAUUCACAGGGCACCUCAAAUAAAAAUCAGUCCUGGCUCUGAUGAUUUUUCCUCAGAUGACUUAGGGCCCGGUACAUAUUCAGCGGUUCAAAUAAAUGUGGAAAGUCCAAAGGAUCCACCCCAAGGGGAUUUUACUUCACAACUAACAUCAGCAUUGGAAUCCAAAUCAAUUGCAACAAACGAUGAUGUGAUUAUUGAUGUCAGUACGCCAAUCGAUGUCAAUAUCCAAGGAGAUACUUCACAAAUAUUCUACGAUUAUAGAGAAGAAACAACAGACCAACAUGAAAUAACAUCUCCAGAUAGAGACUUCAAUGAAACUAAAUGUCAAAGUCCACAAGGUGACGAAAUUCUCAUUCUAGAAGAUAGCGAUCAACAAUUUGACAGCAACAAUAGGUGACCAUUAGUAAAUAAUACCGAACAAAUGACGUCUAUUGAUAAAGCAGACGAAAAACAAAGUUGACAAUCUUUAACUUGAGUAUUGUUUUGUCUAAUGAUGAUGAUGAUAAUGACGAAGAUGAAGAUGCUAUUAUACACAUCAAUGGUUCACUUACAACAAAUACGAAUUACGAUACCAAUAGUAUUUAAAUUCAAAACAUUCUUCUACUCGUACCAUAACUCUUAUACUAACUACUACAUGUACUACAUCAUAAUAAUAUAAAAUGCCAGUGCGUUAAAUACGAACUUAAAAUGAAUCAAUGUCAAUAUUAUAUUGAAAAACUCAAAGAUAUUUCAACAAAAGUGUAUAUUCUAAGCUUAAGUUUCAACAAAAUGUCUGAGUCGUAAAACUGAUAGCAUAAGCUCGAAAAAAUUUCAUUCAUUACCGUAAUUAAGGGACAAAUAUUGAAGUGUUUAUGUUAUUAAAUAAUAAUUCGAAAUAUAUGGGUAGAUGAUAUAUUUUACUGUCAUAUAAAGGUAAACUUGUACUGUAUCUGUCGAAAUUUAUGUAUGUCUAUGAAUUAACUAAUGUAAUUAAAAAAUUUGACAAAUAAAAACUAAAUUUAAAGUAAAAGAAAAAAAAUACUCCAGUUGCCGUGGCUAUAAGACGAAAUAUGUUAGAGUUCUGGUUUCUUGAUCUUUAAAAUAGAAAUCAUCAGUUUUUCAUAAAUCCAUAUUUUAAUUCCUUUAAUUUUGUACAUACAUCAAAUAUUUAUUUUAUUCCUUCUGAAUACGCUUUUAAGUUUGAUUUGAAGUAAAUAAAUGCCUUAAACAUGGUGAUGUAAUUCAAAUUAAUGCUUUUCUUCUAAUUUCGCUUUAAUCAUUCGAAUAAAUGUUCGUUUGGUUCACAAUAUAAAUGUUUGAAAUAAUUUCGUUAUAAAAAGUCCGGGUUUUUAAGCAUUUGGUAAUGUUCUGCUUAAUUUGUGUGUUGUUUAUCAUUAUUUCAAAGUCUAAUAGCAAAGUUUAACUAGCCAAUUAGUAUGAGCUUUGACUUUUAAUAAUUUAAAAUAAAGAGUAAAGAAUUACUUAAUAAAUUAAAUCUAAAAAGAAAGGAAUAUCAAUAAUUAUUAACUAUCAAUUGAUAGUUGAACGUUACAAUAAAAAAGGGUUCUGUUCUAUUUUAUUUCCAUAAUUUUGUUUGUUUUAAACUACAAUUUUCAAAUUAUACUUCAAGACGGUUUUAAUAAUAUGGAUACGUUUUAUUUCGUAAUAGUCUAAGUGAUUCUAAGUGGAUUUAUUGACCAUUUUCUUUAAAAACUUCUCAUCUUAAAAUAAAAACUUACAAAAAUGUUGGUAUUAAGUUUUUAGUUCACUUUUCCAUUUCCGAAACUUACAAAACUGUAAAUAAACACUAAUGUCUCAUUUAAAUAUACCUUCCUAUUACAGUUAAAUCUAGUUUUUUUUUUACAAUCUAAUAUAAAUAGUUAAAUUUAAAAAACAAAAUAGAAUAAUUAAAAACCAAUUAAAUAGCAAUCAUUUUAGGGCAAUAAAUAUUCUUAGUUAAAUACAAAUUUAAAAAAUUUAAAUAGUUUAAAGAAAAUACAUUAAACAAAUAAAUAAUUGAAGUAACUUAAUAAAAAUAAAAACAAGUUAAACAUUUUUAUUACUUAAUUUAAAUGGACAAACAUUUGUACAGGUUUAAAAAUUAAAACAGAAAAAUAAAAACAAUAUUAAUUUGUAUAAUAAUAUAAUUUGUUUCCAGCUGCGCUGUAAAAAUAACGCCAAAAAUGUUAGUGAACUUACAAAAAGUGAAAAUAGUUUUAAGAAAAGUUUAUUAAAUAAGGUUACCAAACAUUUUUUAUAAGAUGAAUAUAUUUAAUAAAUAAGGCGUAGUUACGAACAUGAAAAAAAAAAAUAAGAAUAAUUUUUAUAAUUUACAUAUGUAAAUAUUUCUUUUUGUCAAUUUAUUUAAACAUGCACAUAAAUAAAUAAAAAAGAAUCUACAUAUAUUUUUUAACAAAGAAAAACAUAAUUGCUUUUAGUUGUAUUAUAAUUUGGUAAAUAUUUUUAAAUGAAAAUGUUAUACAUUUAAGUCUUUUUAUAUCUUUAAAUCACAUUUCUAAUUUCUUUAAUUUCAAUUUUUAUUUUUCCGAAAGUAUCUUCUAGUGCCAUCUCUUGCUUCGACUGUGAAUAAUUGCUACAAAUGAUAUGAAAACAUAAAUCUUCUUUUAAAGUGUUAUCAACAUUUUCUUUUCUUUUCACGCAUCAAUAUUUCGAAGUGACUGUUUUUUUUUUAAAAUGAAGCCCAAUAAGUAAUAACCUACAUAAAUCCUUCGAAUAAAACAAUCUGACAAAGUUAAACUUUUACGGCCAACUGUAUACCUGUCAAAACCGAAUUUUUGAAAACUUAUUGAAAAUAAGUCUAAAAUUUGAGUAAAAGCUUAUCUCUUGAGAUAAUAAAUAAAAUUCGAGUUAUAUCUGGUCCACAACAUAAGUGAAGUUGGUUUUUAAAGUGUCUAGACGUGUAGACUAUUCGCACCAACGAAAACAAAAAUGUCAAAUCUCAUAUCUUUGUUGUCAAUUGACUUUGCAAAAACGGGAAAUUGUGCGACCUGUAAGGCCAUACUUGGUCUUAUUGUGUGGCUUAUAACUCCGUCUGGUUGGAACUACCAAAUGUCAGGAAAUCAAUUACUCAGAUCAUCAGAAACACUUGCACUUCCAGCAGCAAUAUUUUCGGUUUAGUGUUUAUUGCAAUGAGCAUAGGCCUUAAGAAAUCAGUUAAAUUUCCACUAUCUUCAAAAGUUGAUUACUACGGUAAAAAACAUGAAAUACUGUUAGCGUAUUUCCUAAUAAUUUCAACACGUUGUUUGUUCGUUCUUCAUCGUACAUGACAAACAUUUAACUAAGAAUAUGGCAUUUUAAAUGACAGCUCAGUUUGACAAGUGUCAAAAGCUAGUGCUUCCAAAUCGAAAUCUUGAAAUGAAUUGGCCAGCUUAUAUUUUUUAAGAUCUCUGGUAAUUUUUUCAGAGAAAAUGAAAUAUAGAAACAAUUCGCUGUUAAUGCUCACCUAGCAAUCAAAUUAGCUUUGCAUUUCUUUUCAAAUUGUGGGAUAGAGAAUUCUUGAGAAAUCGAAACAUACAAAUUUUGUUCAUUGAUUUCUGACAGAAAAAGUUAGAAAUGUUGUUUAUAUUUCUGAAGAAACGGAAAUCUUUGAGAUCUUAUAAAUGUAAACUGGUCUAAUGACUAAAUUUUCAUAUGAAAUAUCAUAUUUUUCUUAGGACUUGUGUGAUAUGAGAAUCAACAAGAACACAGUAGGUCAACAUCAUUUCUUUUGGGGAAAACUACAAAAUCACUAUCACAAAUGAAAAAGUUUAAAAAAAUACUUCUUAACUUCCCAUUUCUUAAAUUUGUGCAAAGCCAGAUUAAAAACACUAAAAAGUGAUAAUCUCAACCCCAUUUAUAAAUUGAUAGACAAACAUCUAAAAAUAAAUGGAUUUUAAAGCUUGUCAACCAAACUGAACAAAUAAUGAUAAAAAAAUCAUUAUGUCUGGUUACUAUAGAAUUAUCUAUAAAAACAUUGUUAGUUAGUUAAAUAACAAGAACAAGAAAGAAAAAAAAUGUGACAUGCAUAAGAAACAGUUAUGUAUGCCACCAUUUUUCAAAUGUGGUAGAAUGCGUUGUAUUGUACCAUUCCUGGCAAGUUGACCGUUUCAAUCAAUACCGUCUAAAGUUUGCUUCACGGUAAUUCUCCAACAGUAAUUCUUCUUACUUUCUCAAAUUAGACGUUCGGAUUCAGCUUAAAAUAAUGUAGGUCCCCUUUAUGCUUGACAACAUAACUCACACACAGGGAUGUUGAUAGUUGUAAGUCACUAGACCCUAGACCCUAGUUCUCAACGGAAUCUUGCGUCACCAAAUUUAUUUUAAAUACAAUUUACAAAAUACUGAGUAAUCGAUCACAGGCUACAGAAAUGCGAAGUUUAAUCUAAAGUUUUCAAGUCAAAAGCAUUAAGCCUUAUCUGUUCAGACAAAAUAUUCCUAAAGCUUCAGAUGUUCAGCUUUUUUUCUACUAUUUCUUUGAAUGAUGCUUUAUUGGUACACACAAAAAAAAAAUUCCCUAGAAUGUGUAUGUACAAACUCCCCUAAUUGUUAAAGGCUUUAACAUUAUUCCAUUUAAAUCAAAAAAUAAGAUUAGUUAUUAAAUACAAAUUUUAGUUAAUUUGAACAACACUUCCAUGCUUUAAACAAUAAACAAAAAUAAAAAGAAGAAAUAAAAUAAUUCACAUUAAAUAAUACUUACUUAUUUAAAACUACGAAAACGUUUCAGUAAUGCUACGUUUUUUUUCAGAGCCAAAAAUCAUACACUCAAAUUUGUUUAACUUAACAUAAGCCAACAAUGCAAACAUUUAUUUAUAAAUUUUUAAAAUAAUUAUUAUUAAAUAAUGAAAAAUAAAAUAUAUUAACAAUAAAACAAUCUUAAAGUUUCACCUCUCUCAUUCAUUUAAUUAUUGACAAUCAUUUAGAAGAAAAAAAAAAAACAAAAUAUUAAAUAUCUAUAGACACAAAAACUUAAACUUUAACUUACUCUGGGUUUGGUCAAACAAAUUAUAAAUAAUAUAAAUUUAAUAAUUAUUAUUAUUAUUAAUUAAAAGUGAAAAAUAAAAACCUUAUAACAGUAUGUAUGAUGUAUGUAUGUAUGUGUUGCAGAUGACUUAACUCUCAAUUAUACAUAAUUAUUUUGUUAAUUUUUAAAUUUAAAAAUAUAAAUAUUAAAAAAGAAAAAAUACAAAAAAAAGACAUUAUAAUCAACUAAUUGAAUUUACAACAUUUUCAUUAUAGUGGUUAUCUCGAAAUAACAAAAUAGAAGCAUUUUCUUGUAGAAAUAAAAAUAUUUGUAUUAUUUUUAAAUAUUUGUACAGCCACCAAAAACAAAAUAAAAAAAAUAACAUUCACGAAUUCACUUUUAAAUUCUUACAUUUUUCAAUUUUCACAAGAUAGAAACAAAUCAUUUCAUUUUCUACUAAAUCAGAAAAUACUGAGAAAAAAAAGUUUAUUAACUUUAAAAUAUGUAAGAAAAAUAAAUUAACAGAAUGCAACCAAUAUACACUCGUCAAUUAAGUGAUAUUUUUUUCUAUAACAAAUAAUAAUUAAAAACAAAAUAAAAAAAAACUAAAGUGAAUUCAAAAUAAAUGUAGAAAACGCUUAGAUAACCGAUUGUUCUAAAAUAAUCAAAAUAGAUUUUAAGUUUGCUUGUUUUUAUCAAAUAAUGAAAAAAAAAAAUAGAAAAUUUAAUAAAAAUUCUUACGAAGAAAAACAAAACAUACCAAACCGACAAUAAUUACACUUUUAUGUGGCAAAAAUCCAUUCUUCAAAGUAUGCUCAAUUUUAUUUUGUUGUAUUAUUUUUGUUGUUGUAGUUGUCUUCGUACUUAUUUUCCAAAAGCUGUCUUAAAUUUGUUUAAAUAAAAAUAAAAACUGAAUUUGGCAGAAUUAUGCAAGGUGAGGCAGCUUUAAUGAGAGUAUAAACACAUACUGUACAUUAAAAAAAAAUUAGAAGAAAAUCGCAUCGUAUAGAAA